AUGGCAGUAAGUUUUGUUCACAUCCCAGCUGGCAGCGAUUUUCCAUUGGAAAAUUUACCCUAUGGUGUAUUCUCGACAAAAUCAAAUCCCCGCAAACGUUUGGGUGUUGCCAUCGGUGACAGUGUUUUAGAUUUGAAUGGUGUUGCUUCCUUCUAUCCACCAGAAGUUCAGGAUGCUUUGCAAGCCGAGACAUUGAACAAAUUGAUGAGCCUUGGCUACACUGCCUGGCAAGUAGUUCGGGCAAAAACCCAGGAAUUGUUGUUAAAGAACUCCGUUUUGGAACAGAAUGCUGCUUUGGUACAGAGCGUCAUCGUUCCCCAAAAGGAAUGUGAAAUGCAUUUGCCUGCCGAAAUCGGCGAUUAUACCGAUUUCUAUUCGUCCAUACAUCAUGCCACCAAUGUUGGCAUUAUGUUCCGUGGCAAGGAGAAUGCUUUGAUGCCCAAUUGGCGUCACAUCCCCGUCGGUUAUCAUGGUCGUGCCAGUUCUGUGGUUGUAUCCGGUACUCCAAUCCGUCGUCCUCUUGGUCAAACUCUGCCCGUUGAUGGUAAACCUCCUGUCUUUGGUCCCUGCAAAUUGUUUGAUUUUGAAUUGGAAAUGGCCUUCUUCAUUGGUGGUCCUGGUAAUAAAUUGGGUGAACGUAUCCCCGUCGAGGAGGCAUGGAAGAAUGUUUUCGGUUUCACUUUGAUGAACGAUUGGAGUGCUCGUGACAUCCAAAAAUGGGAAUAUGUGCCAUUGGGUCCAUUUACCGCCAAGAAUUUGGGUACCACUAUUUCUCCUUGGGUUAUUCCCGUGGCAGCUUUGGAACCCUUCUUGUUGGAUAACUUCCCUCAGGAGCCAGAAGUGUUCCCCUAUUUGAAACAUCAAAAGCCAUUCAAUUUUGAUAUUAAUUUGGAAGUUUAUUUGAAACCCGAAAAUAGUACCGAAACCAAAAUUUGCAAAUCGAAUUAUAAAUAUUUGUACUGGACACCCAUGCAACAGAUUGCUCACCACACUGUGACCGGUUGCAAUGUCCGCCCAGGUGAUUUGAUGGCUUCCGGUACCAUCAGUGGUGAAACUGAAGACUCCUUCGGUUCGAUGUUGGAAUUGAGUUGGCGCGGAUCAAAGACCGUCAAUUUAAAUGACGGUACUACCCGUAAAUUCUUGCAGGACGGCGAUGAAGUCAUCAUCCGUGGCUAUUGUGAACGUAAUGGUGUCCGCCUUGGUUUUGGUGAAUGCGCUGGCAAGGUAUUGCCAGCCAUUCCUUUCCAAUAG